AUGGAUGUUACCUCUCGCUCUCUGCUAUUGAUUUGCGCAUACUUGGCAGCUGCGCUGAUUGGUGGAACCCGCUCGGAGGGGGUGUGUCUUCAAGACGGCAACCACAAGGCCACGCCCAGCCCGGAGCCACACCUGAGGGAGUGUGGGCUGUAUGCUGACAAUAGCUGCUGCACAGAAGAAGACAUCCAGGAUAUCUCCUAUGUUCCCUCUGCUAGCAAUAAGAAUGAACCCUGGGACAAAUGUGGGCUUCUGAGCUCUGAGUGUGAAGGAUUCCUGAAGCGCGUGUCAUGUUUUUACCGCUGCUCCCCUGAUGCCGCGCGUUGGCCUCAUCCCCACCGCCGCUCAUACAUCCAGGCUGUGCCGCUCUGCCACAGCUUCUGCCGUGAUUGGUUUGAUGCCUGCCGGAUGGACAUGACGUGUGCUCGUAACUGGGCCAGAGACCCCAGGGGACAGAACUGCACUGGAACCUGUGUUCAGUAUCAGCAGAUGUACCAGCACGGCAGGGAUCUCUGCGAGAGCCUGUGGGGGGACGCCUUCAUGACAGUGGAGGAUGAGCCCGAGGAGGUGGGAGAGGCAGGAGAGGUCGGAGCGGAGGGUGACGGCAGUCGCCCCUGCGGCUGCCUGACCCUCAGUCCCUCGGAUAAGGACGUGAUCGCCGCACUCAGGGCACAGCAGGAUGACCCGGAGGAGCUGGAUACCACCAAGACUGGCCUGCCUCAGUACCGUGCCCCUUGCCAGGCUAAGCUUCCCCUGCAGCCAAGGAGCAGCAGGAAGGGGAACUCUGUGCUGCGUAAACGCUCGAUCGUGGUGGACGACGUGGAGGGGAGUGGGAGCGGCUUGUAGAGAGGCGUGAUAGAUGGAAAUGUAUUUAGAGAUAAUUGUCUAGAUCUUAACACACAAAAUCUAUCUCUUGAAAUGGAGUUGUUGCUCCCCUAACUACCCUUACCACACAACCUAAGCUCUCAUUAUAAUUCUCAUCACAUUCUACAUAUUAGUCUCUACGGUUUUAAAUAAUACUGUAUCUGGUAUUUGAACAACCUAAAAAGCCAGAAAAUUCAAAAAAAAAAAAAAAACUAUUAAAGAGAACACUACUGAAUGAUCCAGUAUAUUAAAGGCAAAUUCCUCUAUUCUGCAAGGGCUCUGAUUUCAAUAAUAAACAUAUUGAUAAUGUCCCAUAAUCGCUGCACAAAUGUUUUAUUGCCACCUCACGAGGUGACUUUUCUUUAUCAGAGUCAGGUAUUUGAUUUGCUUUUACUGACAUUAUGAUAUAAGGUGUGUGAAGUCGUGCACAUGGGAAAUGUAAAGUCACUACAGUUAUUAGCGCUUGUGCAUGAAUCAAACAUGUCACCCUUAACCAGAGGACUUUUCAUGACAGUGUCGUAAACAUGAUGUAGCUGCACCAAUACUUCACUACCCUGCCCCUCGUUUCAAUCAUCUAGAUGACUUUAAUCUGUGCAUUAGUCUAUUGUAAAACGCAGAUCUUACUGUUGUGAUGCUUUUUCGUGCAGUCUACACGUCAUAAGGUAUAUGUUAGUGGAGAAGGUCACGCAGAGUAAUGAUGAUACUUAAUGUAACUUAGGCUUUCUAACAGAGACUACUGGCCUAGACAUAAGGGAUUUUGGUAUGAUUCAGAAACAAUGUCUGCCUGCCAGAAAAGAUCUGCAGAGGCAGCUGAGGUUGUUCUGGUAGUUUGAUCAUGUAUAUCACCGAUGUGGAUGUUUCUUUUAUAAUUAACUCAUGUAUUUCUAGACUGCACUGUUCCAUGUAAAUGUUUUGUAAAGGGAAACUGAUUUGUCUGAUUUAUGGAAAGCUUGCUGUGGUUUAUGUUCUCAAUAAACAUUUCUAAAUGCC